AUGGGCGUCGAGGAGGACGGCGGGUUCAGCUUCGAGCUGUGCCAGCGCAAUGCGACGCUGGAGAAGCGCGGAGUGAAGCCCCCGAAGACGCUGAAGACGGGGACGACGAUCGCGGGGGUCGUGUUCAAGGACGGGGUGGUGCUCGGGGCGGACACCCGGUCGACAGCGGGAUCGACAGUGGCGGACAAGAACUGCGAGAAAAUCCACUACAUCGCCCCGAACAUCUACUGCUGCGGCGCAGGCACCGCGGCGGACACGGAGAACGUCACGGCGAUGGUGGCGUCCCAGCUGGAGCUCCACCGGUACUCCACGGGGCGCCCCUCGCGCGUGGUCUCCGCCAUGACGCUGCUCAAGUCGCACCUCUUCCGGUACCAGGGCUACAUCUCCGCCGCGCUCGUCCUCGGCGGGUUCGACGCCGCGGGCCCGCACCUGUUCACCGUCUACCCGCACGGCUCCACCGACGCGCUCCCGUUCUGCACCAUGGGCUCCGGGAGCCUCAACGCGAUGGCCGUGUUCGAGGCGGGCUACAGGGACGGCAUGGACAAGCAGGAGGCGAUGGCGCUCGUCGCGCGGGCCAUCCGAAGCGGCAUCUUCAACGACCUGGGGUCGGGGAGCAACGUGGACCUGUGCAUCAUCACCAAGGAGGGCGUGGAGUACCUGCGGAACCACGAGACGCCGAACCCGAAGACGUACAGUCGGAAGAAGCCCGUGGUGUACCCUCCGGGCACCGCGCCGGUGAACAAGGAGCGCAUCUGGGACCUGGUGAGCGUCACCGAGGGGGCGCCCGCGGGGAGCGCGAUGGACACCGACUAG